CUACCCUCAGAUGUGCUCGGUGAUGGCUGCUCGUCCGGCACAACUCGGCUAAUGCACACAAUGCACUGAGAGAUCCGCCUUCUCGUCACAUCCACAUCCAACGGCUAAAAUCAGAACCCUCUUCCGCCCCCUGCAUGCUGUCACUAGGCGAGCGUGGCAAGUCCAUCAUUGCUCCGAGCCCGGCUGAAGCUGUCCCGAUCAGCGAAAUCCAGUCCUCCAAGUGACUUCGCUGGUGCUAUUUUCUCUUAUUUGUGCAUUUCAACCCCUCUAGGACAGACCAUGGCUGAUUGUCUGCCGCUGUUAUUUCCUCCUUUACUCUCCGCAAGCUUCCUACUGUCUCUCCUGCAUCGUUUCCCUCCCUGACGAAGCGUCCCGAACCAAACUCGGGAAAUACAGCAACCCCCUCAAGAUCCCUCCAUGGCUGGGGUCAAGUCCUUUCCCACUAUCAAAGCCAUCCGAACCUUCGUCAUUGAAGGUGUGGGCUCCGGCGGCGACUAUCACAAUGUCAAAGGCGGGCACUGGCUGAUUGACAACAAAAUCGCAACACCCAUGUCCAAAUGGGAUCGAUAUCGAACCUCCCGGACCUCCUUUGGCAUCAAUGUACUUGGUUCCUUCUGUGUCGAGAUCGAAGCCACCGAUGGCACCAAAGGCUUCGCCACAGGCUUUGGUGGACCGCCGGGCUGUUGGCUCGUCCAACAACACUUCGAACGAUUUCUUCUGGGACGAGAUCCGCGAGACGUGAACGAUCUGUACGAGCUCAUGUACAAGGGCUCCCUGUUCUACGGGCGUAAAGGUCUGCCAGUGGCCGUCAUCUCGGUGAUUGACCUGGCUUUGUGGGACCUUUUGGGCAAGAUUAGGAACGAGCCAGUCUACAAAAUGAUCGGUGGUGCUACAAGAGACAGACUUCAUUUCUAUUGCACUGGUCCCGAGCCCGCAGCUGCACAAAAAAUGGGCUUCAUUGCGGGCAAGGUGCCCCUGCCCUACAGCGCCGACGAACCAGAUAGCAUCAAAAAGAACAUUGCGUUUCUGAAGAAGCAUAGAGACACAGUCGGCCCUGAUUUCCCCUUGAGAGUUGAUUGCUGGAUGUCCUUGAAUGUUCCCUACACAAUUGAACUCGUGUCAGAGGCCAAGAGACAAGACAUCAAAAUAGAUUGGUGGGAGGAAGUCCUGUCGCCAGAUGACUUUGAUGGCUUCCAACUGUUAAAGCGCGCACAUCCAGACACCAAGUUCACGACAGGGGAACACGAAUACUCGCGCUAUGGAUUUCGCAAACUUGUCGAAGGCCGCAAUAUCGACAUCAUUCAACCCGACGUGAUGUGGCUUGGUGGCCUGACGGAACUUCUCAAGGUUUCUUCAAUGGCCGCGGCUUACGAUAUCCCGGUGAUCCCCCAUGCCUCCGGUCCUUACUCAUACCAUUUUGUCGUCAGCCAGCACAACUCUCCUUUCCAAGAGUAUCUAGCGAACAGCCCGGAUGGGAAGAGUGUUUUACCCGUCUUCGGCGACCUGUUUCUGAACGAGCCGAUCCCCACAAAGGGUUACUUGGAUGUUAGCGAAUUGGACAAGCCUGGAUUCGGGCUCGAAUUGAAUCCCAAUGCGCGCUUGAUCGAUGCCACAAAUCUGCUGGGCAUGAAGCCGCAGAAGUCGCUGACAAUGCCAGUCGACAAAGAACAGGUCAAGAUCAACGGAUCUCAUGCUAACGGCGAUCAUGGUCACGAACAGGCCAAUGGAUCGAUGGUGGGGGACCAUGUUGCUUGAAAAGAUGCUAGAUCCAGGUGUGGCAAGUGCGUCUUUUGGUCGCAAUGGGGCAUUUUCGGGCAUCUGCACGUCUCUAAGGAUUCCCCUUGAAUGCUGUCGCAUAUACAUAUAUCCAUAUAUAUAUCUCUCUCUCCAAUUGCAUGUCAACCCUUUCUUUCGC